AUGUACGUCCCAAGACAAUGUACUCAAAACACCCAAGGGCAUAUAGAUUAUGGAAUUCCACUGAUAGCGAAGACUGCAGAUUAUCGAACUAGCUAUACAAGAGGGCACAGUUUUAUUCCACCAGUUCCCCAGGAGUUCGAUUGUAGAGUACACACUAAAAUAAAUCCGGAACUACUAACAACUGAUAUACUAAUUAAAAACGAUGUUGUUUCUACAAGCAAGCGGGACUUUUCUAUUAAAUUUAAGGAAAAUGACGUGCUGGCCAACUAUCCAAGAGCUACUGUUAACCAAGAAGUACAGUACAUCAGAACACUUCAAGAAGCAUUGACAAAAGAUAUAUCACAUUCCGUUCCACCUAAAAUAUCAGAAAUGAAAGAAAGCUAUCAAGGAAUUCCAUAUAGAAUGAAUAUAAGGGAAAUAAUACCUCCAGCAAUCUCAGGAAUUUGCGAAAUCAGCGGCAUCGGAAGACCCAUCCAACGUGCGAUACCACCAAACGAAGUUGGAGCUUGGAAAUACUUAGAUAUCUAUAUGACGAACAACAAAUUACAGUUCAUACCUUACAACGAAGAACAAAUUGCGCAAGCAAAAUCUGAUUUGCCGACAUUCUACAAUACUUCUGGAGUUUAUAAAAAAUCGGAGAGGAAAGUUCCGAUGUCAGCAACAGGAAAUAAGUCCAUUUAUGAUAAAAUGGUGUUCAAAUAUCAAUUUCCGAUUAAAAACUUACGUAAAGCACAAGCAAGAGUGCCCCAUAGUGGAAUGCAGUCAGAACACCAAGGCAAGUAUAUCUACCAAACCUACUCGGAUAUGUACCCAUACACUGGCGAGAGUGGACAAAUUUGCCAUAACUUUAAUUCAGAUGCUGGACCCUGGCAAAAUCUGUGUCCUCCCGGAAUGUAUUCCACUGACUACAGCCAUAUUGGAUCGGGUUGGCCGGUCAGAGCAGUUAUUAAUGCUGGCGAAAAAAGAGAGCUUAGAUAUUGUAAACAAAAGUGUUAAUUUAUCUACAGCAAAGAACAUACAUGAAGUCAACUUGAAAAAUCCAAUGUAAUUUGUUACAUAUAUAUUUAUAUACCUAAUUAUUUCUUGUCAGUUACAACCAAUUAUCAAAUCGUAAUAACUACUAAAUAAAUUUAGUUUUGUUCAUCUACUAAA